CCCAUCCUCGCCCGCCAGCUACAAUUCAGUUCCUCGCCGGCAGCCGCACGGAGCGGUCGUGUCUUUAUAUUUAAUAAAACGCGAGUGUUAUCACGCGUUGUUACUGUUUUAAUUUUUAUCCAAGGAGCCGAAGGAGCUGUUAGGAUAAACCCCAUCAGCCGUAUGACGCGAGCCCAGCACCACUAAUACUGAUAAUCACGCGACAAACAGACGGACAAGAUGUCGUCUAAGGCCAUAUACGAAGCCACUGGCAAAGACCUGAUUAACAGGCACAUAGCCAGCGGCACGGCGAUGGCGACCUGCCGGUUCGCCAGCUUCGAGCAGGACACCAUAUGGGAGGACGAACUGGGCAAGAACCCGUGGCUGACCAAGGAGCAACUGGUAGUGAAGCCCGACCAGCUCAUCAAGCGGCGCGGCAAGCUCGGGCUCGUUGGCGUGAACAAGUCCGCGGCGGAGGCGCGGCGCUGGCUGGCCGAGCACAUGGGCCGCGAGCAGGCCGUGGGCGCGGCGCGAGGGAAGCUGCGCCACUUCAUCGUCGAGCCCUUCAUCAAACACGAGCCGAAUGAGGAGAUGUACCUGUGCAUCCACUCCGGCCGUCGCUCGGACACCAUAUUGUUCCACCACCAGGGCGGUGUGGAUGUCGGUGACGUCGACGCAUUGGCUGUCAGGCUUGAGGUUCCCGUGGACACUUUCCCCACCGGCGAGGAUGUGGAGCGACUCCUGUUGAAGAACGUCAAAUCUGCCUCCACUAAGAGAAUACUGGCGACCUUCAUACUGGCGCUGUACAGGGUAUACGUGGACCUCUACUUCACGUACAUGGAAAUUAACCCAAUAGUGGUCACCAACGAGCGCAUCUACCUGUUGGACCUCGCGGCCAAGCUGGACCAGACGGCGGACUUCAUAUGUGCGGCCAAGUGGGGCACGGUGCCAUUCCCUCCGCCCUUCGGGAGGGACGCUUAUCCGGAGGAGGCGCACAUCGCAGACCUAGACGCUAAGAGCGGAGCCAGUUUGAAGCUGACAGUGCUGAACAAGUCCGGGCGUAUCUGGACGAUGGUGGCGGGGGGCGGCGCCUCCGUGGUGUACACGGACACCAUCUGCUCGCUGGGCGGCGCGGCCGAGCUGGCCAACUACGGCGAGUACUCCGGCGCGCCCACCGAGAGCCAGACCGCCGACUACGCCAAGACCAUCUUCAGCCUCAUGUGCCGGGAGAAACAUCCCAACGGGAAGGUGCUGAUCAUCGGCGGCGGCAUCGCCAACUUCACGAACGUGGCAGACACUUUCCGCGGCAUCAUCACGGCCAUUGAGACUUACAAGGAUGCGCUGCAGCAGUACAACAUCACCAUCUUCGUCAGGAGGGGCGGGCCCAACUACCAGGAGGGGCUCAGACAAAUGCGCGAGGUGGGGCAUAGACUGCGCAUCCCCCUGUACGUGUUCGGGCCGGAGAGCAACAUGACGGCCAUAGUGGGGCUGGCGCUCGGCCACCACCCCAUCCCGGCGGAGCACCAGCUGGACUACGCGCCCAAGCAGCUGCCCAAACCGGCGCCCGCGCCGCAGCCCAAGCUGGAGCUGCCGGAGUUGAACCACAAGCUGCUGGACCUGGUGUGCUCGCAGUCGCCCACCCGCCUCGACCUGGGCCAGGCCGCGCCACAGGGGACACUCUUCCACGAGGGCACCAAGGCCAUCAUAUGGGGCAUGCAGAACAGAGCCAUCCAGGGCAUGUUGGACUUCGAUUACAUCUGCCGGCGGGCGGAGCCCUCGGUCGUCGCCAUCGUGUACCCGUUCACCGCCGACCACAAGCAGAAGUACUACUUCGGUAACAAGGAGGUGUUUAUCCCUGUGUUCAGCGACAUGGACGUAGCGAUGCGCAAACACCAGGAGGCGACCGUUCUCGUCAACUUCGCGUCGCUGCGGUCCGCGUAUGACAGCACUAUGCAGGCGAUGCAGCACCCACAAAUCAACACGAUCGUCAUUAUCGCGGAGGGGAUACCCGAGAACAUGACCCGCAAGAUAAUCAAGCUGGCUGACACUAGAGGGGUGAACAUAAUCGGCCCAGCCACUGUGGGUGGCAUCAAGCCAGGUUGCUUCAAGAUUGGCAACACCGCGGGCAUGAUCGACAACAUCGUGGACUCCAAACUGUACAGGCCUGGCAGCGUGGCGUACGUGUCCCGGUCAGGUGGUAUGAGCAACGAGCUGAACAACAUUCUGUCCAAACACGCCGACGGAGUCUGCGAGGGCGUCGCCAUCGGCGGGGACAAGUACCCCGGGACCACCUUCAUUGACCACCUCCUGAGAUACGAAAAGGACCCGAACGUGAAGAUGCUGGUCCUGCUGGGAGAGGUGGGCGGCGUGGAGGAGUACCACGUGUGCCGCGCCAUCAGGGACGGGCUGAUCAGGAAACCCAUCGUCGCCUGGUGCAUCGGCACCUGCUCCGACAUGUUCACGUCAGAAGUUCAGUUCGGGCACGCGGGUUCUCUCGCGGGCUCCGCCCUCGAGAAGGCGGCGGCAAAGAACGCCGGCCUGAAGGCCUACGGGGCCGUGGUGCCGGAGUCCUUCGACUCGCUCGGGGGCGCCGUGCAGCAGGUGUACAAGCAGCUGGUGGCUGAUAACAAGAUCAUCGUCAAGGAGGAGAUGGAGCCGCCCAAGGUGCCCAUGGACUACGACUGGGCCAGGAAACUGGGCCUGAUCCGCAAGCCAGCGGCUUUCAUCAGCACCAUUUGCGACGAGCGCGGCCAGGAGCUGUCCUACUGCGGCGUGCCCAUCACCUCCAUACUGGAGCGGCAGCUCGGCGUCGGCGGCACCAUCAGCCUGCUAUGGUUCCAACGCGAGCUCCCCGACUGGGCGUGCAAGUUCUUCGAGCUGGUCCUCAUAGUGACGGCGGACCACGGGCCCGCCGUCUCCGGGGCCCACAACACCAUGGUCACCGCCAGGGCCGGCAAGGACCUCAUCUCCUCAGUCGUCGCGGGACUCCUGACCAUUGGCGACCGGUUCGGCGGCGCGCUGGACCGCGCGGCGGCAGACUUCUGCGCGGCGUACGACCGCGGGCAGCACCCGCAGGAGUUCGUCAACGAGAAGAGAGCCAAGGGGGAACUCAUCAUGGGCAUCGGGCACAGGGUAAAGUCAAUAAACAACCCGGACUCGCGCGUCCGCGAGCUGAAGGCGUACGUGACGGCGCGCUGGCCCGCGUGGCCGGUGACGCGGUACGCGCUCGACGUGGAGGCCAUCACCACGCGCAAGAAGCCCAACCUCAUCCUCAACGUGGACGGCAUCGUCGCGUGCGCGAUGGUCGACAUGCUGCGCCACUGCCAGCUCUUCACGCAAGAGGAAGGCAACAACUACAUACAAAUGGGCUCCAUCAACGCUCUGUUCGUCCUCGGCCGCACCAUCGGGCUGGUCGGCCACUACCUCGACCAGAAGAGGAUGAAGCAGCCACUCUACCGCCACCCGUGGGACGACAUCACAUACAUGUCCCCACUUAACUAGACUGGGGGGUGACAUCGGGUGGGUGACGUGUGGGGGUGACCAGGGGGGAGAACAAAAAUCAAAUUAAAAAAAUGGUUUCAAAGAUAAUUUUGAUGUUAAAUAAAUUCCUUUGCUUAUAAUUGUAAAUAUUAAUAGGCGUCACUAUAUGAAUGGAGGGUUCCACAAAUAUGAUUCAUCAUCCCCCUAGCAUUAUGCCGUGUUCACAGCGUCUCGCUCAUAUGCGACCCGCUUGACGUGUGCUGUCAACUUAAUUCUAUCGGGUUAUUGGCCAAUGUAAAAUUUUGGGUUUUUUUUUGUGUUCCAUAAAUUCUAAAAAGGGACGGUUAAUGCCUGUCGAUUACCCGUCCCUUUCCUUUUCGGCGGAUAAGGAAAUGACAGGUAUAACUUGAAAUAAACUUAGACGGUGUGAACGGUCACGAGUACUAAUUAAUAUGUAUACACUUUGAUACCAUGUCACAUUAACUUUUUUUGGCAAAUUGAACCGUAAGUCUCAUUAAAUGUCAAAUAUGACAGUGCGACAGGGUUCCAAAACCCUCCUCCGUUUAUAUACGUAUGUAAUAAGACUUAUAAGCCUAUAUGCGCUUAUAAAAUGCUUAUAAAACGCCUAUUAUCGCGCCCCCCCCCCCCCCCCCGUUAUCCCCACACGCCACUUUGUCGUUAUAAAUAUAAAUAUUUUAAUUAAUCGAUUAGGGGGUUAGCAAGUAUAAAUGUUUAUAGUCGCAAGUUGUAUUUGAACGCUAAUUCCAUGCUUUGAGUUUCAUCACGCUAUUUCCAUUCUGGGGUAGACAGGGAAUUUUGGAAA